CCUACAAGUCGUCCCCACAGCUCAAGCUCUCCGAUGAAGAACGUGCCGUCUCUUCUUUUCUCUACAACAACGGUAACAACAAAAAGUGAUAAAGAAGCUUGAAAGAUUCAUUUUCUCUUCUCAAUUCUUUCCUAAGAAUCAAUUUUCUUGCUCGCAAUCAUUGGAUCUGAAUUGCGUAACCUUCCCACGCUUCUUCCGGCGCCGACGCGAUGAGGGAGACGCUCGAGAGGCAUCCGAGUUCGUCCUUGAGUUCCUCCGAAGUUGAUGUAAGCAUCGAGCGUGAUGUGAGGAGGGAGAAUGGUAGUGGUAGCGAUGCAAUGGUUAGCAGGGAAGCUGGAAUUGAAGAUGAUGUUACUCCGAAAAGUAAUAGUGGAGAUGGCUCUCCAGGUAUCUCUGGCAAGACUCUACUUAAAGUCAACACCAUGCCAAUACAAAAAUCAAAUAUUGACCAGUUGGAAUCUGAUUUGAGCCAGCCUAAAUUGGAAAGAUCAAAGACUGAGGUGCACAAACAGAAGUUUCUUGCUGAAGAGGCAGCUAAAAUUUUUGAUGACAAUAUUUCUGCUCAUAGAAAGCUGAAAUUGUUAAACAGAAUAGCGACAGUGAAAGAUGAUGGAACUGUGGAAUUUGAAAUCCCUGUAGACGUUGCAGCACCUCUUGGCAUUGGUGCAAAGGAAGUCUCUCAUGAUAUUAUUGAAGAAGAACCUCUUGAAGCAACAGACCUCCAAGAUAUUCCACCUUUGCAAAUAGUAAUGCUUAUUGUUGGAACACGUGGAGAUGUACAGCCAUUUGUAGCAAUUGGAAAGCGUCUACAGGAUUAUGGUCAUCGUGUUAGACUUGCUACUCAUUCAAAUUUCAAGGAGUUUGUUUUAACUGCUGGGCUGGAGUUUUUUGCUCUUGGUGGAGAUCCUAAGAUUCUUGCUGGCCACAUGGUAAAAAACAAAGGUUUCUUGCCCUCGGGGCCUUCUGAAAUACCUGUUCAAAGGAAUCAAAUGAAGGAAAUCAUUUAUUCGCUACUUCCAGCUUGCAAAGAACCUGAUCCUGAAACUGGUAUUUCCUUCAACGCAGAAGCUAUCAUUGCCAACCCACCAGCUUACGGACAUACUCAUGUAGCAGAGGCACUUAAAAUUCCAAUUCACAUAUUUUUCACAAUGCCAUGGACGCCAACAAGUGAAUUUCCUCAUCCUUUAUCCCGUGUCAAGCAACAGGCUGGCUAUCGGCUCUCGUAUCAAAUUGUCGACUCCUUAAUUUGGCUUGGGAUACGAGACAUGAUUAACGAUCUUAGGAAGAAAAGGCUGAAGCUACGACCUGUUACUUAUUUAAGUGGUUCACAUGCCUCUGAAUCAAGUGUACCACAUGGGUAUAUAUGGAGCCCACAUCUUGUUCCUAAACCAAAAGAUUGGGGGCCUAAGGUGGACGUGGUCGGAUUUUGCUUCCUUGAUCUUGCAUCAAGUUAUGAACCUCCUGAGUCGCUCGUAAAUUGGCUUAAGGCUGGUGACAAGCCCAUUUAUAUCGGUUUUGGUAGCCUUCCUGUUCAAGAACCUGCAAAGAUGACCCAAAUAAUUGUAAAAGCGCUGGAACUUACUAGACAGAGAGGCAUCAUCAACAAAGGAUGGGGCGGUCUCGGAAAUUUGGAAGAACCAAAGGACUUCGUAUAUUUAUUGGACAACUGCCCUCAUGAUUGGCUAUUCUUACAGUGCAAGGCUGUGGUGCAUCAUGGAGGUGCUGGAACAACAGCUGCUGGACUAAAAGCUGCUUGCCCAACCACGAUCGUUCCUUUCUUUGGAGAUCAACCGUUUUGGGGCGAGCAGGUACAUGCUAGAGGAGUUGGUCCUUCACCCAUCCCCGUUGAAGAGUUCUCGCUUAACAAGUUGGUGGAUGCCAUAAACUUCAUGCUAGAUCCAACGGUAAAGAAGUCUGCUGUCGAGCUUGCCAAGGCCAUGGAGAACGAGGAUGGAGUAGAAGGAGCUGUGAAAGCCUUCUUCAAGCAUUAUCGUCCAAGAAAGACCGAACCGGAGUCAGAGCCAGAGGACUCGACCGUUUUCUCUAUGCGUAGAUGCUUUGGCUGUUCUUGAUUCGAUGGUGUGCGAGAUAUCCUCGACACAACCUUCCAUUAACAGAUAUGGCAUACCCCUCCUUUGAAACAUGGGCAAAUGUCCUGAGCAGUGGGGUAUGUCAUGAGGUAAAUAUUUAUAAUGUUGGUAAUCUCUAUAUAGCCUGAGAAUGGCGCUUUGCACAUUUUUAUUUGCUGUUAUCAGUGUUCUUUCUAAGCAUUUCACGUGUAAUUUCAUUCAUCCCUUUCCCACUUUCAAAUCUAUAUUUUUUGAGCUAUCUGUUGUGAUUGUGAAGUAAAUAUGUGCAGGUUUUUAGGU